UGAUGAUGAUGAUGAUGAUGAAGAUGAGUCAACUGAAGAAUCCACAAAAAUGGAAGUCGAUAACAAACAAAAACUGAAAAAAACAGAGGAAACUCCAAAGACAGCUAAAAAUAAGCCAGAAGAUAAGGAUGUCCAGGUACAGAAGAAGGAUGCAGAGGAAGAGAGCGAAGAGGAUGAGGACAGUGAAGAUGAGAGUGAUGAUGAUGACGAUGAGGAGGAGGAGUCAGGGGAAGACGAGUCUGAAGAGGAUGAAAGCGAUGAGGAUGAUGAUGAUGAAGACGAGGAUGAAAGUGACGAGGAAGAUGAAAUUACCACCAGUCUGACGGCAAAAAAAACAGUUCAGAAGGAAGCAAAAGGAGCGAAGAAAAAGCCAGUCACUAAUGGAGUAGUCAAAGAAGAUAAGAAGAACAAACAAGAAAAAAACAAGACACCAGCUCAACAGCAGCCACGUACGCCUAAAACUGGUGCAAACAAAGAUGACGCAAAGAAAUCUGGAAAUAAAACUCCUCAAUCACUCGACAUGGACAAAAUAAAAGAAAAGUUACUGAAGACGCCAAAUCUUCCAAAGAAAGUGGACAAAUUUAAGAACUACUUGAAGCAUUCGCACAAAGUCACAGAUGAAGCUGUAAGUACUUCCAGUCCUUCUUUUACAUGUCACUCUUACUACUCUUACAGUGAUCAUCACUUUAUCUAA